GGGGAGGGGCGGAGCCGAGGUGCUCGGGGCUCUUCUUAACGCGGCGGACGGCGCUACGCUCCCCGCCUGCAGCGGCGUCGAGGAGCGCCCGCCCUGCCGCUUUGAAGAAGAUUCCAAUCGUUUGACCCACUGUACUCUUUCUCCCAAAGAAAGUCCAGUCUGCUGUGCCUUUGCCUAAGAAAAUGGAGAAGUUGAUAUCAGAGAAGCCUGUUCCAAUAUCUAAGGAUGAAAUACAUUCCCUUCCUUCCCAGGUCAAGCCAGAUACAAAUUCAUGCCCUCAUGCUUCUGGCAAAUACUUCCUUCCUGGUGGGACAGACCAUGAGGACCAUAAGACUAACGAGAAGGGAAGGAAGUGGAUCCGUCCUGAUACACCCAGCAAAUGCACGUGGAAGCUUGGAAAACCCAUUUCUGCCUCCCCCCAUCGUCAUAUGUCUCUGCCAGAGCCUCCAAACAUUCUGCCCAACAUCCUGAAUAAAGUUGGCAACACACCAUUGGUGCGAAUCAACAAGAUCGGGAAGCACUUUGGGCUGAAGUGUGAACUCUUGGCAAAAUGUGAGUACUUCAAUGCUGGGGGCAGUGUGAAAGACCGCAUCAGCCUGAGGAUGGUAGAGGAUGCCGAGAGAGCUGGGAUCUUGAAGCCCGGGGACACAAUCAUAGAGCCAACCUCUGGAAACACAGGAAUUGGGCUGGCCUUGGCUGCAGCAGUGAAGGGUUACCGCUGUAUCAUCGUGAUGCCAGAGAAAAUGAGUAUGGAGAAGGUGGAUGUCCUCAAGGCUCUGGGUGCUGAGAUUGUGAGGACUCCAACAACUGCCAGGUUUGAUUCUCCUGAAUCUCACGUGGGUGUAGCAUGGAGACUGAAGAAUGAAAUCCCCAACGCACAUAUCUUGGACCAGUACCGUAAUGCCAGCAAUCCCCUGACACACUACGACACCACAGCUGAAGAGAUCCUGCAACAGUGCGAAGGGAAAAUAGACAUGCUGGUGGCUACCGCUGGUACAGGAGGUACCAUCACUGGCAUCUCCAGAAAGCUGAAGGAGAAGUGUCCAGGUUGCAAAAUCAUAGGUGUUGAUCCUGAAGGCUCAAUCCUUGCUCAACCGGAUGAACUGAACAAGACCGACAAGACAAUGUAUGAAGUGGAAGGAAUUGGAUACGAUUUUGUCCCCACGGUGUUGGAUAGAUCUCUGGUGGACCAGUGGUACAAGAGCAAUGAUGAGGAGUCAUUUGCUUUAGCACGCAUGCUGAUCCGAGAGGAAGGACUGCUGUGUGGUGGCAGCUCAGGCAGUGCAAUGUCUGUAGCUGUGAAGGCAGCCAAAGAGCUGAAGGAGGGUCAGCGCUGUGUUGUUAUCUUCCCUGACUCUAUCAGGAACUACAUGUCCAAGUUCUUGAGUGACAAAUGGAUGAUUCAGAAGGGGUUCAUGACAGAAGAAGACUUUGUCAAAAAACCUUGGUGGUGGAACGUCAGUGUUCAGGAGUUAAGCCUUUCAGCUCCCCUGACUGUGCUUCCAACAGUUACCUGUGCAAAGACUGUUGAAAUUCUCCGGGAGAAGGGAUUCGACCAGGUACCAGUUGUUGAUGAAUCUGGGGUGAUUUUGGGCAUGGUUACUCUAGGAAACAUGCUUUCUUCGCUGCUUGCUGGAAAAGUUCAGCCUUCCGAUGAAGUCAGCAAAGUAAUCUACAAGCAAUUCAAGCAGGCAGAUAAUCAAGGAUCAGGUGGAAAUGUGAUUAACCUGAAAGACAACCUGGGGAAGCUCUCUCAUAUCCUGGAAAUAGACCACUUUGCUUUAGUGGUUCAUGAACAAAUUCAGUAUCACACUGAUGGUUCCUCCAGUAAGCGGCAAAUGGUGUUUGGCAUUGUUACGGCCAUUGACCUGCUCAACUUUGUGACUGCGCGAGAGCGGGAAGGAAAGAUCAACUAAAGUCAAGGAGCAAACUGGAACCUCUUCAGUAACAUUUUGCAAUCUCCAGCAAAGAAUCAGGUUUAUUUCUUAGGUCGAAUGGUCUGUUCUUAAGGUUUUUGUUUUUAAAUUCUGAAAAUAAGCAGUUAGCUAUUCUGGUGUCAGCUAUACAGCUAGUGCUUUCUACUUAUUGCACAGUUUCUGGGAAUUUGUUUCUUAAUCAGGUUACACAAUAUUUCUUAAGACAAUUUAUUUUUUUACUUAUAUAUAUGUAUGUAAAAAUAUUGCCUAAAUUAACUGGUGUGUUCCUCACCUGUUGCGUCCAAAGUCUGGCUUUUCAAAAAUGUUUUCAGAUGCAUUAAAUAUGUUGAAAAAACUUAGUAAAGCAGAAGUCUAAGAGCUCUGAAAAGUAUUUUUUUUAAUGUGCAGGGUUGUUGAGUUAGACAAUAUAGCGUAGAAACAAAAACAUGGGAUUAGGCUGUGGAGAAAGGAGGAGCUGUUUCCCUUUUGGUGACAUCAGUGUAAGAUGGGAGCACAGCAUGAGGGCUGGAGUUGAGGUUUGGUUCAUCCAGCUCCUCUGAGACAGAACUGACAUGGCUGACUAACAAAAAAUAGGGAUUUGUUCUACACAGUGCACCAGCUUUCACUGCAAAGACAGACUUUUCUCCUUUUUCCAACUAUACCUCAAUAAGUAAGCAUGGGUGGAAAGGAAGAAAGCCUGAGGUUUUUGACUGAAGGUUGUUUAAAAUGAUGCUGUCUUAUCUAGGACAUUCCCCUCACUGCCCAGACUCAUUUUUAUCUAAAUUCAUGCCUGUUUUAAAAAAGCCAGAGGUAAUCCAUCAAGAGUGUAAACUGUUUUUCAAGUCCUGAUCAAGUGCUGCCAAACUGCAGCUCCUUAUGGAAUGUGCAGUAGAUGAGUGCAUCAACAACUUCCAUAAUUCUCUGGGUUUUUCAGUAGUGUUUGACUUAGGUGGCUGCAGCAGUUUGUUAGUAGAAGCAGCUCAUCCAUGCACUGGUAAUGAUGGAUGGAAUCACCCUGUAGUUAAAGAAGCAAAGUGGCCAUUCUUCCUCUUAAUUAAGACUCAUCAUAUUCUGGCUGGCCCUUUGCCAGGAAUGAAAGUUAUGAUCAGCAAGAGUGACAUUUGUUAGCUUCUCUCUUCUUUCUACCCUGCUGGCCUCCCUCUGGCAGUGGAACCGAACUGUGUGCCAUGAGGAAAGGUGUCCUCUGCCUCCCAUCAGAGGGCCUUGUCUCAUGUCAGUACUGAGCAAAACCAUAAAGCAGAGCCUUUGCAGUUGCAUAUCGGGUGAUGGUGGCCUGGAGGAGGCAGGAAAUACAAAGGUAGGCAAGAGCUCAAAGCCAAAGUGACACCAGAGAUGCUGUCAACCCACCAGGAGUGUGACAGGUUAGUUUAUCUGCUGGCUGCUUCUUUUUUUUGUGGCUGAUAAGAACUUUGUUGUAAUAAAGCCUCAGGCUGAUGUGUUAGUUCUUUAAUGCUGUGCCCAUGGAAGCUAGGUUAAUUCCAUACUUGCUCAGUUUACUUCCUUAGUCAUUGACUGUCCCUUCAGAUUAGGGUUAGUAAUGAAGUAACAUAACUCAUAGUCUCCGUUGAGAACUCACUUUCUCAAGAAUGAGUGAUGGAGACUUGUAGACAAACAAACAAAAAAGUUGGGAGUUGGAGGUCAUUGAGUCACAGUCAGGAGAGGAGAGAAAGGAAGCAGAAGUCACCAAAGUGAUCUGCUGUCUGUGGCUUGGAUGGAAGCAGGUGGCCUUGCAGUUAACUAACAGGUUGGUGCUUUAUCCCUCAUGGGUUAUUCUCCAGGCAGAAGACAGUCUAGAUCCACUUUCUGAGACUUUGUUAGUGUCUGGAUUCAUCUUUUAAAACUGUUUUCAUAGAAGCUAGACAAUAAGAGUCUGGUUUGGUUCACUGGGGAGACGAAGCACCCUCCGGGAAUGAUUCAUCUUUAAUAUCCAUUGUGGAAUAGAGGUGAAUGACACCAGGAGAUACUUACCUUAAAAUAUGAUUUAACCAUUAAAUUCAUAUAAUAGAAUCAUAGAAUGGUUUGGGUUGGAAGGGACCUUUAAGAUCACCUAGUUCCAGCUCCCCUGCUAUAGGCAGGGACACCUCCCUCUACACCAGGUUGCUCACAGCCCCAUCUAGCCUGGCCUUGAAUGAUUCCAGGGAGGGGGCAUCCACAACCUCACUGGGCAACCUAUUCCAGUGUCUCACCACCCUCAUAAUAAAGAAUUUCUUCCUAAUAUCUAGUCUAUAUAUACUUCUGUGAGAUUUAAGGCAGUUUUUGCGAAGACUCUGGAAUAAACUACCAUACAAUCUAAAAAUUUGCCACUUCAACAGCAGCUGAUUCUAGAGGAUGGUAGGUUUCUUUAGGGUUUUUUUUGGUUGUUGUUUUGCCUCAUGCUUUGUAGUGAUUCUGCCAGUGACAGAUAUAGGAAGUCAUCUUUCAAAUGGAAUUUUGGAGCUAAUUCCCCCAGGGGUCAUAAAUAGUUUAGUACAGUUAAGGGCAAGUCUUAGCAAUUCUAACAUAGUUUACUUCUUAGCAUAGACAGAACCUGUAAAUGAUCAGUUGUAUAUAGACAUCAGUAUUUCAGCCCAACUUUUAAAUUUCUUUCCCAGUUAUUUCAAACACUGUUGUCAGAUGUAUUUUCUUACAUGUUCUUAAUUUCCUGAGAGCACCAAGAGGGACUUGUUUCUUUGGUUGUAUUUUCACUGCAUCCUUGGAUUUUGUGAAAGAGCCUGUGUACUUCACUGGCUACUACUGACUGGAAUGUUUGCUACAACUGUAGCUUUACUGCUGCUAAAUUUUGGCAUUUAAUGUUGCUCUUAAAUAUUUACUUUACUUUUUAUCGAUUUUUCUCUUUGUUUUUCCAUCUGAUCCUGUCUACGGGGAAGAGGGCACUUCAGUAUUUCUUUCUCCUUUUCUUUUUGUCCUUGUAAAAACUCCACCUCCCACCCUGAUAGAAUUUGGCAAGAAAUCUGAGGAUGGUGAGUAGAAGGCGAUUGCCACACUUCUGAGAAGUGCAGUACAAGAGACAUGUAGGAUUGCUAUGUUCAGGUUGAGGAAGCGGAAGAUUAAUGGGUAGCUUUACCUUUGACUCAGUGGGAAGUGUGAAGAUCUUAGCUUUCUGUUUUAGUUUACUGUUCAUAAAUUAAUCUCUGCCAUGUCCUGAAAACCAGGUAGUGUCUGUAAGACAGAAGAGCUGGCCAGAGCUGGCAGGGAAGAAGCACUGUGAGUCAAAAGCAAUCCAAGUAAGUAACCCAAGUUAAUCUAGCUGCACUGCUCUGCACAUUGUUAGGAACUCUUUCCUGCUCUGCACUGACAGAAGGAGAUGCUCACUGACAGCUUUUAUUCAGAGUAGUAACCUUGUAUGGUCAGUGGAACUGGGGAAAUAACUGGAGUUUCUGAAUGACUGAAGAACUUUCCAGAGCUCUCUUCUGUAGUAGGGGUGGGGACAGCAAGGGGACAGGGAGUCCUGCAGAAUGGAAGUUCCUGUGAUGUGAAAUUUCAUGAGUGUGAUGCUUUUCUGCAUACCUGAAGGUGCUCUUACUACCUUGAUCCUAGUGAGGAGCUGUAGGGCUAUAAUGCUGCUUUACUUAUCUAUCUCUGUGUCAAAUAUUGUGAGGACCAGGAAAGACAUCGCUGUUUGUUUGGUCUUUAAUCCAAAGUGCAAGUCUGAAGCUUGAACAGAACUGUCUUCUUAAUUUUUUUCUGAAGUGGGUGCCUGCAUCUUCUGUUUACUUGUGCUGGUUAAGCACAUGCUGACCGUCAGCCUGAAAACUAUUUUGCACAUCGUUAUUUAUAUAAACAAUUUAUGCUGUGUUUGUAUGUCACUAUAGGAGAAUAUCAGUCCUUUCUCUUUACUGUUGGCUCUGCAAGAAUGCUUCUGUUUUCUCACCUGAAGACAGUUAUCCAGUAAAAGCUGUAUAUUUUGCAAGGAGUUAUCAAGCAACGGUGUAAGGAUCAUUUUUAAGUUGUAAUGACCAAUAUUACUUCCCACUUUUUCCACAAGCCAUGGCUGACUCCAGAACUCUGUGUAGCUGAGUUUCCUAUAAGUGGCCAGACCAGUCCCCUGCCCACCAAGCUCAGUGCUAAAUGGUUUCUGAAAUCUUCUGUUGUGAGUUUUGCACAUUGCACUCACUGUUAGCAGUUGCCUGGCACUGCCACUGUUGUCCAACAGCCUUUCUAACUGUGUGGUAUCAGCACACUACAAUGACAGAGGGAAGUCUUUCUAUGUUUUAAGGAGCUGGGAAAAAUUCAUUGCACAAACAUUUGCAAUACGAUGUAAAGAAUUCAAUAAAUGCUAUUUGAUUGCA